CCCGACUGGUUAUUUAAACUCGUCAAAUGACAAAUUAUCAUCCAAGUAAUAUGUUUAGUAAGCAGUUAGCCUGAUAUCAGCAGUCUCUAUAACUAAAGAAGUGUGUUGAGUGUUUCCAAAACUGAACAGAGAGAAUGAAAACAACUGACAGUGACUCCUCUGGCAUGUCAUGACUCCACCACCUCUUCUUUAACCUUUAGCAUCCAGGUUAUAAUCGACGUGAGAAGAUCACCAGCAAUCAUAAACAGCUGGUAGCCUAUAUAUGUCUCACCGGCCCUCUGGCCAAGAAUUGGUGUGUGCAAUCGUCUGAUAUCUGCGAGGGAAGCUAAUGUCUGUGUCCGCCCUGCGACUGAUCCGCGUCCGGAGGUUGAGCAGCAGCACUGCACCUGCUGUGAAGAGAGCACUGCCAUGGAGAGAUCUUAGAAAAAUAGCAAAAGUGACUGGAGCAAUAGUAUUGGGAGGCUGUGUUUUCAUCACAUAUGAGGUGGUUACUCUCAACCAGGCCCUCACUAUUGACACCAGUGCAAUACUACAGGAGAAGCACAAGUCCUACAUCUACCUGACUCACGCCACUAAUAGGGAACAAGAGAGCCUUGCUUCUGGCCUCGCUAUCAAGACCAGGAAGGAGCUUCAUAAAGCAGCUAGAAAGUUUCUUGAAAUUACAUCAAGAGUUCUUCGUCACCCACUGGACGAGCGUCUCAGUCAUCUAGACGCAGAUCCUAAUGAAUGUGCGCUAUGGAUGCUGCUGAAAAGAACCUUCUCUGCUGACCGGGCCGUGAGACAGCAGGCUGUGCAGGAACUGGCCCAAAAUCACCACUGGCAGGAUUAUCAAUACCGGACUGCAGCACAGGUGGUAGACCAGCGCACAUCUGUGGCUCUCGCCCGCAUACCUAACGUGGACCUGCGCUUCUUUCUCCCUCCUCCUCUACUGCCACACACUGAUGAUGAUAUAUCAAUAGAAGAGGAACUUAGACAGUUACUGGGAUCUCUGCCCCAGUCGGAGGUGGAUCAGUGUGUGCAGUACUUUACUUCCCUGGCACUUCGAGAGAGCAGCCAAUCACUAGCCUCUCAACGGGGAGGGCUGUGGUGUUUUGGUGGAAAUGGGUUGCCCUACGCCCAAAGUCUCACUUCUACCCCCUCUGAGAAGGUGGAGACAUUCUGCCUGCAGGCCCUGGUCCAGCACUCAAAGGUCCGCAGUCAUUGUGACCACAUUGUUGCUAAUGGAGGACUGCAGCUCUUGCAAAGAGUCUACCAGCUUCGCAGAGACUCUCCAAAAAUUCAGUGCAACAUUGUGCGAAUUAUUGGAAAUCUCGCCCUGAAUGAGAGUGCGCACACAGCCAUAGUGCAGUCAGGUUGGAUGUCUGUCCUGGCUAAGAUGAUCCAGUCACCACACAUCAUGCAGGCAUCUUAUGCUGCCCGCGCUUUAGCCAAUUUGGACAGAGAUGCAGUAAGGCAGAAGUACCAGGAUGGUGUUUACAUUUUGCACCCACAAUGCCGCACAAACCAGCCAAUCAAAGCUGAUGUUCUCUUCGUGCAUGGCCUCUUGGGAGCAGCUUUUAAAACAUGGCGUCAAAAGGACCGUGACGUGACGGAUGAUGACAAGGUGGAAGGGGUCCGAGAGGACUACACUGAAUGCUGGCCCAAGUCUUGGUUGGCUGAAGACUGUCCAAACCUCAGGAUCCUGUCUGUGGAGUAUGACACCCAUUUAAGUGACUGGAAGGCUAAGUGUCCUGCUGAAAACCAAAGGAAGUCCUUGGCCUACAGGAGUCAGGAACUGCUGAGGAAGUUGAAGGAUGCAGGUGUAGGGGACAGGCCUGUGGUCUGGGUAGCCCACAGUAUGGGAGGUUUACUUGUGAAAAAGAUCCUCUUAGAUGCCUCGAAAGAUCCUGAUCUCAGUGCACUGAUCAAGAACACGAAGGGAAUUUUGUUCUACAGUGUUCCUCAUCACGGCACAUUCAUGGCUGGGUAUUCUGUAAAUGUCCGAUACCUCCUGUUUCCUUCCAUUGAAGUAAAAGAACUAUGUAGAGACUCUCCAGCUUUGCGGGACUUACAUGAACAUUUUCGCAGCAUUGCAAAGGAUCAAGAGUACAAGGUCCUUAGCUUUGCAGAAACGUUGCCUACAUCCAUUGGGCCAAUGCUCAAAAUUUUGGUAGUUCCACCCCAGUCGGCAGAUCUGGGUAUUGGGGACCUCAUCCAGGUGGAUGUAGAUCACCUCAACAUCUGCAAGCCAGAAAAAAAGGACACUUUUCUCUAUAAACGUACUUUACAAUUUAUUCAGGAUGCUCUUGGAGGACAGAGAAUGAAGUAA